GGUCAUAAAAUAUGUGUCCUGCAGUAGGAGAAUCUUCUGUUCUGUAGUAUUAUUAAUGGAAGUGUCUUACAGUAGGACUGUCUUAGUGGACAUCUCCUGUAGUCUAUCAGUAGAAGUAUCUUUUUAGUGGGAGGGUCUUGCUGUAGAAUUGUCUUAGUGGGCAUCUCCUGUACUAAUCUUGCAGUAGGAGUGUCUAUUUAGUGGGAGGGUGCUGUAGUCUGGCAGUGGGCGUAUCUAUUUAGUGGGAGAGCCCUGCAGUGGGAGUGUCUUUUAGUGGGAGGGUCCUGUAGUCUGGCAGUGGAGUGUUUAUUUAGUGGGAGAGUUGUGUAGUGGGAAUGUCUUUUUAGUGUGAGGGUCCUUAAGAGUCUUGUAGUCCUGCAGUGUGAGUGUCUUUUUAGUCUGAGGGUCCUGUGGAGUCCUGUAGUCUUGUAGUGGGAGUGUCUUUUUAGUCUGAGGGUCCUGUAGAGUCCUGUAGUCUUGCAGUGGAAGUGUCUUUUAGUGGGAGGGUCCUGUAGUCUGGCAGUGGAGUGUUUAUUUAGUGGGAGAGUCAUGUAGUGGGAAUGUCUUUUUAGUGGUAGAGUCCUGUAGUCUUGCAGUGGGCAUGUCUUUUUAGUGUGAGGGUCCUCAAGAGUCCUGUAGUCCUGCAGUGGGAGUGUCUUUUAGUGUGAGGGUUCUGUGGUCAGGCAGUAGGAGUGUCUAUUUAGUGCGAGAGUCCUGUAGAGUCCUGUAGUCUUGCAGUGGGAGGGUCCUGUAGUCUUGCAGUGAAGUGUUUAUUUAGUGGGAGUGUCUUUUUAGUCUGAGGGUCCUGUAGAGUCCUGUAGUCUUGCAGUGGGAGUGUCUUUUAGUGGUGGAGUCCUGUAGUCUUGCAGUGGGAGUGUCUAUUUAGUGGGAGGGUCAUGUAGUUUAGCAGUGGGAGUGUCUUAUCAGUGUGAGGCUCCUGUGGUCUUGCAGUAGAAGUAUCUUAGUGGGCGUGUCCUGUAGGCUGUCAGUGGGAGGGUCCUGUAGUCUUGCACUGAGCGCUGUGGGCGGAGGGAGCGCUGGAGCAGCGGCGUGCUCCGCUCAGCGCUCGGGCGUUUUUCAGACAGUGAGCGAGAUUAGCUCGUGACUCUUCGUGCCGGUAGCCGUGCUGGAAGCGGAGCUGAGGCCGAGCUGUAUCCACAAUGAAACAAACGCGGUCCGUGUGUCAGAGAGAGCGCUGCGAAUAAAGAGCCGUGCGAGCGGACGAGGAGGCUGGAGCUGCAGUUAAUCACAGAGCAGGAGCUGUUUGGCUGAGUGAAGAAUACCUCUUUCUACUGUGAUGUGCAUCUAUCAAAGACACUGUGUAGCCCUCCCCAGCUCCCCCUGAGCAGAAGAGGCUCUUUUUGACACAGUGGGUGUGUGAUGUCGCGGCAUAACCACCGUUUCGAGCGGGAUUUCCGGCCGGUGUGGGAUCGGAGAGAGCGCUGUGGCAUCAGCAGCAGCUGUGUGGUGGCAAACGGCUGCGGCUCCACCGCUGUCUCUGCCACCUCCGUCCCCAGCAGCGGCAACAACCGGCCUGGCUUGCUGCCCCUGCCUGUCAUCCCCUCACUGCUGCCCACCCCCGUCACCGGGGCAACCACCACCUCCAGCACAGAGCUAGCCUGCAAGCGCCUAGCUCCUACCUGCACCACUUCCACUGCUAAGGUCUCGGCGAAUGCAGUGGGAGAGAACCAAACGGCUGGCCCUGCUCUGGCUCCCAGUGUCAGAUGGGGACAGACGCCUAUUAACCAGUCCACGCCCUGGGACACAGAUGAACCCCCAAGCAAACAAAUGAGGGAGAAAGAUAAUACAGGUCCACUAUGGCCUCCUGCAGUAGCCACGGUCAGCCAGGCAAGUCUGCUGACCCACACUUACGGCAUGCCCCAACCUCCAGCCUAUAGCCAGGGAGUGACUGUCCAGGCACCCAUCAUCGGGGCGACUCCUGCUCUUCAGACCCCUGUGCCCCCUCCUCAUCCGCUCCUGCCCACUCACUACCAGCUCCCUCAGCCCCCCUCACAGCCACUGGCCAGCAUGGUGCUCAAUGUGCAGAGCCAGCCGCUGGGCGUCAGCAGUCUGCCCCCUAUUGCCAUGUCCCCCAUGCCUGGAGUAUGCCAGGUCACCCACCCUGUUCACACAGUACUGGGCAAUGGUCACCUGGCCCAUCCAAUGGUCCAGCCAUCCACCACACUAGCCAGCAACAACCUCCCUCUGACUAAUGGACAAGCAGCCACACAGCACCCUCCAGCUACUGCUCCCAUCACUCAGGAGACUGCCAACGGACUGCAAAUGCUCCGGACUGUUGGCAUGGGGAAGUAUGAAUUCACAGACCCAUAUCAUCCAAAAGAAAUGUUGAAAGAAUUGAACCAGCAGCGGCGAGCGAAAGAAUUUACAGACCUGAAAAUAAUUGUUGAAGGCAAAGAAUUUGAAGUCCAUCAAAAUGUUCUAGCUUCCUGCAGCUUGUAUUUCAAGGACAUGGUUAAAAGGUUGGCCGGAGAGAACAGGAAUGGUGAAAAGAUGAAGAUGACUAUGAACAACAUCAGCGCUGAGGUUCUGGAGCUGCUGCUGGAGUUUGUCUACACCGGCUCCCUCAUCAUAGACUCAGCCAACGCCAAAACUCUGCUGGAGGCAGCCAACAAGUUCCAGUUCAACACCUUCUGCAAAGUCUGCGUGUCUUUCCUGGAGAAACAGUUGACGGCCAGUAACUGCCUGGGGGUGCUGGCCAUGGCCGAGGCUAUGCAGUGCACGGAGCUCCACAACAUGGCCAAAGCCUUCGCCCUGCAAAACUUCCCAGAGGUGGCCAGUCAGGAAGAAAUCCUUAACAUCUCCAAAGAGGACUUCAUCAGCUACCUGUCCAACGACAGCCUCAACACUAAAGCCGAAGAGCUGGUCUAUGAGACGGUCAUCAAGUGGAUCAAGAAGGACCCCUGUAAACGGGUACAGCAUGUGUCAGAGCUGCUGGCUGUGGUUCGCCUUCCCUUCAUCCACCCCAGCUAUCUGCUGAAUGUGGUGGACAACGAGGAGCUCAUCAAGUCCUCAGAGCCUUGCAGAGACCUGGUUAAUGAGGCCAAGCGAUACCACAUGUUGCCCCAUGCCCGACAAGAGAUGCAGACGCCCCGAACUCGCCCGCGACUCUCUGCAGGGGUUGCCGAGGUGAUAGUGCUGGUGGGGGGGCGGCAGGUCAUUGGGAUGAACCAGCGCUCGCUGACAGCCGUCACGUGCUUCAACCCCCAGAACAACAAGUGGUACCCCCUGGCCAGCCUGCCUUUUUACGACCGCGAGUUCUUCUCUGUCAUUUCAGCGGGAGAUAAUAUCUACCUGUCAGGUGGAAUGGAGUCAGGAGUCAUGCUGGCAGACGUGUGGUGCUACAUGUCCCUGCUGGAUAAUUGGAACCUGGUGUCUCGAAUGACAGUCCCCCGCUGCCGGCACAACAGCGUGGUGUAUGACGGCAAGCUGUACACCAUUGGAGGACUUGGGGUGGCAGGGAACCUGGAUAAUGUCGAAAGGUAUGACACUAUAACUAAUCAGUGGGAGACGGUAUCCCCCUUGCCCAAGCCUGUGCACUCGGCAGCAGCCACGGUCUGUGGAGGGAAGAUCUAUGUGUUUGGAGGGGUGAAUGAGGCUGGCCGUUCGGCUGGAGUACUGCAGUCAUAUGUGCCUCAGACCAACGCCUGGAGCUUCAUAGAAUCCCCAAUGAUUGACAACAAGUAUGCUCCUGCCGUGACACUUAAUGGCUUUAUCUUCAUCCUGGGGGGAGCGUACGCUAGAGCCACCACCAUCUAUGACCCGGAGAAAGGCAACAUCAAAGCCGGACCCAACAUGAACCACUCCAGGCAGUUCUGCAGUGCGGUGGUGUUAGAUGGGAAGAUCUAUGCUACUGGAGGUAUCGUCAGCAGUGAGGGUCCAGCACUGGGGAACAUGGAGGCCUUUGACCCUUGCGCCAAUGCUUGGACGCUGCAGCAGAGCAUGCCCUGCCCACUUUUCAGACACGGCUGCGUGGUCAUCAAGAAGUAUAUUCAAAGCGGCUGACACUGGAGAACACACACACGGCCAAAAGGACACUGCUGCCUCCUUCACACACUCCACCCAUCUGCACACACAUGCUCACUCACUGGCCCUCGCUGCCCCUAGAUUACCAGUGCUGACACUGAAGCCUUUUGUGAAAUCUCUCAUCUGUCUCUCUCUCUCUCUCUCUCUCUCUCUCUCAUUCUGUUAUUCCAUCACCUCCUUCUUUCCCUCUUGCCCUCACCCAUAUGGAAUGUAGAAGCUAAUCUUUGCCGUUUGGCGCAAACGGGCUCAGUGCCUUAGCAAGGCGCCUUUGUGUAACAUAUCCCCCCAACGCUGCUGCCACUGGAGGUUUGGAGUGGCACUAGCCUUAACGCUCCAUCAUCGCUUCAAUUCUAACACACAUCUGCUCUCUCUCUCUCUCUCUCUCUCUCUCUCUUUUUUCAAUCUGGUUGCAUUUCAGUACUUUGUGUGGGUCAUGCUGUAAAAAAAUUCGAUCUUAUCAAGUGAAAGCAUCUUGAAUGUAGCUAAUACAUACUGAUUAUUCAAUAUUCAAUUAUUUCUGUCUUUAUUUUUAGUUGUUUCAGUUGGAGUGAUAUUACUGCACUGGUAGUAAAUGUGCUUGAGAAAUACAAAUCUGCGGGUGCAGUGAAAAAAAAUCAUUAUGAAACUGCAGUUUGUACAUCAAAAUUCUAGAUUAUGUAGAAUUAUGAUAAUAUUCCACCUAUUUCUAGACAUUUUUACUUAUAUUACUUAUUUAUAAUUGGUCACACGUUAUUUCUUGAAACACCCAAGAUGAUCUGCUGGUGCAGUAAGAUCAUUUCACUUAAUAAAAUUACUUAAGUAAGUCAAGGAAUAGGUUGGAUAAUCUGUAACACUUCAGUACAGGGGAACAUGUUAAUGCCUUUGUAUUGUUCUUUUUAAGCCUUAUCAAGCCAGUAGCUUCUAAUUAUCUGGCUGUUCAUUACUACUUUAUUGUGCAACGAUUAGGGUGAAUUAAGCAUUUUAAGCAAACCAAUAAUGUGAUGUAUAAUACAUGAAUAAAAGCUUUGGGAAAUGUUCAGUUCACCCUAGUUAUUGUUAAUAACAUAAUAAUGAGUAGCCAGGUAAUUACUGCUGGCUUAAUAAGAUAGUAACCAAUUUAAGCUUUAUAUUAUGCCUUUAUUAAGCUGGAUACGGUCUAUUAAAGGCAUAAUUAAAGACAGCUAGAAGAUUAUGAUGUAUAAUACACCAGUAAAAGUGUUCUGGAAAAUGCUUAAUAAAGUAGUACUGAACAGCCAGUUAUUUAGCAGUUAGUGGCCUCAUACUGGGGCCUAGUCUUGUAAUAUUCUCGCUACAAUCUGAUAAUGAGAAAUAAAAGAUAUAUUAGCUUUGUUUAUGAAGCUUUCACUUGCUAAGAUAACUAUUAUGUCUUAUAUAUGUCAAGAUAUAUGAUAUAUAAGACAUAUGUAAGAUAUAUAUUAUUGCACUUCACUUUUCAUUGACAACUCAUUUUUCUACUGUUCAUAAAUGCUUUCUUGUAGAAACGCAGUCAGGUUAAUCAUCAGUGUAACAGUUUACUUUUUGUUGUUUGUGAAGAUGGAAUCAGCUCAGCUCCAACAUGAAUUUAACACAAACAUGCAUUUUGAUAAUGAGGAGCAAAGAGUUGAUUUGCUCAGCUCUGAAACUUGGAUUGCAGGAGCGUUUUUUGAUAGCUUUUACUUUUACCAUAGUGACAGUUAGAUAUAACAAAAGGAGUGUAUUUGUGUCAAAUGUGAAAAAGCAUUCCUUUUCCAGGAGUUGAACCUGGAACAAUACUACUACUGCUGGAGAUAUGCGCUGAUCUCACUGACUCUAUCCAUCUUAAUGACUUCAGAUGCCAGUAGCUGGACUGGAAGGAGCAGGGCCUCAGAUUACUGAACUGAACUCCAAACUGGGCUGGUCUGGACGUUGGAGUUUCACACUGGACUAUUGCACAUUUCUCUUGCACUCUGCCAAAGCACAAAUGAUUUGAGGCUCAGAGUGAGAAUAUGGUAGUUUUGCCUUUGUUUCUUGUUCGCCAAGCCCACUCACUGACGGCGGGCUGGACAAUAUUGGAAUAAGACAGGAUUAUCUGUAAUUUAAGGCAAAACAAAUAUUGUUUAUUUUAGGAACUCAAAGUGACGACAGUUGUUUCUAGAGAAAAUGUAUAGUAUGUUAAAGAAAUGUUAUGUACCAAAAAUGAGCAAUUGAUCAUUGCCAUAUAGCUGUUAUUGUUUAAAUUAAUGAGAGUAACUCAUCAUUAAUUAGAACAAUAAUGAGUAUGCAAAAUACAAUGUUGAUUCCUAUGAA